GCGGCGCCCUGCUGGACCUGGCCCAGAUCCAGCACGGAGACUCGGUGCUGCGCGACGAGCUGGACAAGAACCGGCGUCGUUGUCAGGAGAAAGCGCGGUGCCUGGAGGUCCUGGUGGAGUCCCUCAGGGCUGUUUCGCCUCGCCUCCUGUAGGGGGAGCUGGGCGUGAUGCGAUGUCAGGUGCUGGCGCUGCGCAGCGACGUGCAGCGACACCAAGAGGACGCAAAGAGCACUGCAGCAAUCCACGCGCAAACGCGCAGCGGUUCCGAUGACGGGUGCCGCGGAAAAGUCCUGCUGCAUUGUUUCCUGCAGGGCCUCAAGGCCGGACUCACCGAAGGAACAGACGCGCGACACCAGGUGGCGCUGCAGCUGCUCCACUCCGAGUGGGAAUACGUGUCCACUUUGAACCAACUCCACGGCAAAUUCAAGACGGCGACGGCGACUCAGCGCGCGACCGCUGAACCUCGAGAGACGUUCGCGUCGUACGUGGAGCGUCUCCUGCAGCGCCACCUGCUGUUCAGGAGCAGCCUGCAGGAGCGACUGUCCGCCCAGCAGUGGAAGUCUCUGGUCGGAGACGUUCUGGUCCAGCUCGUCGGACACAAUGACACGUCUUUCGCGGACGCGUACGUGGGCUACACCGGCGCGCUGGCCUCCUUCCUCCCGCUGGAGGUCCGCAAGUUGGAUGCGCUCGAGGAGGAGCAGGGCGGCCAAGCGGAGAAGGAAAAGGGGCAAAUCGGAGCGCUGUCGCUCCUCCUGGCGCCCGUUUCUCGGGUCCACUGCUACCUGAGUCACAUCCAGAACCUGCUGCAGUGGACGGGCAAAGAGCAUCCGGACUGCAGCCUCCUGCUGGGCGCCGAGCGGACCCUCAGGGACAUUUUAUCGCGAUGUCACGUCAUCCUGGAGGAGGAAGUCCGCUGGGACGGCCCAGAAGAACCGUGGCGGCGUUUUGGGGAUGCAGUGGGCGGCGGCGGCUCAUCCGCGGACUGGGCCCCUAACAGGACCGAGCAGGAUUUUGUGGCGCUGAGAGAGAGCCGGCACCCGUCGUCGGGCCUGACAAACGGUUCUGGCGGGGACCGCGGCAUGCGGGUGGAAUGCUGGUCCUGCAGUCCCGUGAGGCGGCAGAGCCGUCGGCGGGCGGCCGCCCGCGCUCGGGUCCCGGCGCCGGAGCCCACGGGCGAGUCGGGCCCCGAGGAGGGGCGGGCGGAUCCGGACGACACGUCGGCUUUCGACGACUCCUCGCUGACCUCCUGCAGGGACGAUGAGGAGGAGCAGGAGGAGGAGGAGGACAGUCAGGUUCCGGUCCUGCUCAAGCCGUCCUCCCAACAACGUUCGGAGAGGGGCGUCUGGCUCCGCUGGCAGAUCCCCAGACGGACCCCCCACCCCCCCCGGAGGAUCCCCGCCCCCGCCGGCUCGUGCGGCAAAAGGCUGGUCAGCGUCAGGACGGGAUCGCCGCCGCUGCGAGCCGAGAGCGCGUUCAGGCCCAUCUGGGACCGCCCCACCAAGCAGGCCCAAGCGUCCCCGGAGAAGGAGCACCGAGGCUUCGUGGCGGUCCAGACCGCCACCGGGCCAAACUUCGUCACUUUGCGAGAACGCCCGAGAGCGGGACAAGGCCCGGGACUCGGUCUGGGCCACCAGCCUCUGCUGCCGAGCAUCUCUGUGGCGCCGCCCGCUGGACGACUGUGGGAGGACAGCGAGGAAAGCGAGGGACCCUGCAGCACCGUUUGAUAAUAAUCUCGAUAAAAUACGAUAACUACAAUAUGUGUACCUUACCGUUGUCUCUUCUGCAGACAAAAAGUUGUAAUGUAACGUAAAAUUUGUUAUUGUUGUAAUGUUAGGAGAAUACAUUUGUAUUUUGUUUAUGCUCUUUAGACGGCAUGACUCGUGCACAGGUGUGCCUCAGGCUGCCUGCAAUAAAAUUCGAAAAUGUACAGUUUUGAACAAAAUACAAGGGUCGCCUAUGCAUAUACAUAUAUAACAUGUCAUUAUCGAAGCCACUUAUCCUCACAAGGGUUGCGGGAAAGCCGGAGCCUAUCCCAGCUAGCUUGGGGCGAAAGGCGGACGACACUCUCAACUGGUCGCCGGUCAGAUAUCGUCGCCAUCACGGAGCGGGAAUCGAUCCCACGCUGCCAGCGCCAAAGGCAGGUGCCUGUACCGCUACACCAUCAGUGACUCGUAUAUACACACACAUUCAGACACACGCGCAC